AUGGGCUUCCCUACCAACGAGUACAACAAUGAUGGCUGGAAAUUAUAUACAACGUCGCUAGUCAUGGUGAUUAGCGCUGGUAUCUUUGUCAUUUUGCGAUGCUCAACACGGCUGUGGUUUGCAAAGCUCGGCUGGGAUGAUGCAGCAAUUGUAGCUUCCUUGUGCUUCUCAAUCGUGGUUUCGGUGGCCAUACAACUGGCAAUAUCACACGGAUACGGCAUGCACAAGACGGACUUGUCCCAGGAUGAGUUACACAUGGCUUUGAAGCUCUUCUUCAUAGCUCAGACGCCAUACAAGGUCACUGUCUGUCUCAACAAAGUGGCGACCGUCUUGUUUUAUUUGCGAUUAUUUUCGUCCCGACAGUUUCAAGUUGCAGCAUUUACCACACUGGCCAUCAUCAUAGCAGCGAGCAUAGGGUCAAUAUGCGCUACCAUCUUCCAAUGCGUCCCUAUCGCGGGCGCCUGGGAUCACUCCAUCGAAGCGCGGUGCAUCCACUCUGGUCAAUUCUGGGUAGCAUAUGCGGUCAUGAACAUUCUGACGGACAUCAUGGUGAUCGUUUUACCAAUUCCGAUGAUACGAAAGUUGAAAUGCGACAAACGCGACAAGGCUAUGCUGUAUGGUCUGUUUCUUCUGGGAGGCUUCGUAACAUUAACUUCGAUUCUCCGAACGACAUCGGUCCAAAACUCGUUACAGAAUCGAAUGGAUAUUACCUUUAGCUUCAUUACUCGCGGCAUCUGGACGCUGGUUGAGGCAAAUCUGGGCAUCAUCAUUCCAUGCCUGGUCGUGUUAAAGCAACCUCUGGGGAUUUUAUUACCGGGAUUUUUCGGUCCGUCAAAAGCACAUGCCGCAUUUCAAAGGCGACGCGGCGAUCUCGAGAAGGCCUAUGCCCUCUCUACUCUCUCCAGCGGCCCGAGUGAUGGCCUGUGGCAAGGCUCAAACCUGGCGCAGCAAAGCGUCAUCAUCAGUGGACCUGGAGCGCGGGCCGGCCGACGCAGUGAUGAGAAGCACAUUAUUUCUGAUGCAUCCAGAGACAGCGACGGCGAGUUUGACGGCAGGACGCCUGUGGUGAUGCAGGGCAUCUCUAAAACUGUGGAAGUGGUGCGGACAUCCGUUCACCAGGAUCGAGAGUACCACCAUACGAGCGGGUUCUCCUGUUCUUUGACGCAUGAGUGCAAGCAAAAAAUACGUCCUUAUUACCGGGUAAGCCGCGGCGUCCAGGGCUUAGCUGGAUCUGGUGCUGAUGAUAUGCGACAAAGGUGUUCGCCGGGCGGCAUUGGCCACGCGAUUGCCACUGAAUUCCAGAGAAAUGGUGAGCCCAUCACCAGCCACUGCUGCACGCGAUGCGAUUCUCACGUCUAUUUGGCAGGAUAUCAUGUCAUUGGUACAGCGCGCAGAACCGAAGUCCUUCAAGAGUUGCGCUCGACGGGCAUGACCGUGGUCGCCCUCGACGUCUGCGACAAGGCCAGUAUCGACAAGUGCAAACAAGAGGUCGCGCAGCUGACCGGCGGCACGCUCGACAUUCUUGUGAAUAACGCCGGUGUCAACCACACAAUUCCGGCCACCGACAUUGAGAUUGACGACGUCAAGAGGACGUUUGACGCCAACGUCUUUGGGCCGAUGCUCAUGUGUCAGGCCUUUGUGCCGCUCUUGAUCCCCGCCCGCGGCCUCAUCAUCAACAUCUCCUCGGUGUCGUCCGUCACGCCGUACCUGUUCGCGUCCGUGUACUGCGCGACCAAGGCCGCGCUCGACGGCUACUCGCGCACCCUGCGCCUCGAGCUGAAGCCCUUCAACGUGCGCGUCAUGGUGGCCAUGACAGGCACCGUCAAGUCCAACAUCACCUCCCACUUUGUGCGCGAGCUGCCGAGCGCAUCGCUCUACCAGCCAGUCAGGGACAUGUACGAGGACCGCAUCCAGUUCAGCCAGCGAAACUCGCCCAUGCCCGCCGACGCCUACGCCAAGAAGCUGGUCGCCGCGGCGCUCAAGGGCGAGGGCUGGCUCGGGGGCUUGUUUGGCAGGUCGCCGGAUUGGUUCUGGGCCGGCGGGCUUGCGAAUGUUGCCUGGUUUGGCCAGACGUUCUUCCCGCGCAGGGUCGCCGAGUUCAUAGCGGCGAUCACUUUCAAGACUUCCAAGAUGGCCUUUAGGAUUGCAGAGGCUAGGGCCAAGAGGGUAUAA